AUGGUCAACUCCUGUUGUGGCUGUGUCUGCCGUGAGCAGGGCUGUGGCCAGGGCUGCUCCCAGGGGACCUGCUGCGCCCCUUGCUGCAAGCCCACAGGCUACUGCCCCAGCUGCUGCAUGUCCAGCUGCUGUCAUCCCAGCCGUGGUUCCAGCUGCUGCCAGCCCUCCUGCUCUGGCUCCAGUGGCUGUGGCUCGAGUUCCAGCUACUGCCGCCACAGCUGCUGCCUGUCUGGCUGCUGUCAUCCUAGCUGUGGUUCCAGCUGCUGCCAGCCCAGCUGCUGCAUCUGCAGCUGCUGCCGCCCCUCCUGCCGUGGCUCCAGUGGCUGUGGCUCCAGCUCAAUCUCGGGCUGCUGCUGCCCCAGCUGCUGCAUGUCCGGCUGUUGUCGCCCCAGCUGUGGUUCCAGCUGCUGCCAGCCCAGCUGCAGCAAUUGCAAUGGCUGUGGCUCCUGCUGUGGUUCCAGCUGCUGCCAGCCCAGCUGCUGCAUAUGCAGCUGCUGCCGCCCCUCCUGCUGUGGCUCUGGUGGCUGUAGCUCCAGCUCCAACUCCAGCCACUGCUGCCCCAGCUGCUCCAUGUCCAGCUGCUGUCACCCCAGUUGUGGUUCCCGCUGCUGCUGCCCAAUCUGCUGCAUCUCCAGCUGCUGCCAGCCAUCCUGCUGUGGUUCCAGUGGCUGUGGCUCCCACUCUGGCUCCUGCAAACCUAGCUGCUACAUAUCCCAGCUGCUGCUGCUGUAG